AUGAAAUGUCUGCAAGCAAUUACACGUUUCAUUUGGAGGCGUCUUCAUUUGAAAUGUUUUUAUUUCCCAGUUAUAUUUCAAAUUGAAUUUGUUUCCACUGAUCGCAAUAAGACGACUAAACAACCAAUAAAUAACCAUGAGAAGAAGCAAAUUAGAUUUUCUGCUUGUCGUUUAGCUGCAUGGUGUGUUUGGAGAAGUUGUUCCCUUAUGCAUGCUGCAACUUUUUCUCAUAUAGUGUUUUUCAGUACAUUGACACCAGAGGGCGCUAGAAUGAAAUUUCAAAAUCUUAAACCUUAA